CAAAAAUUCAAUGCAAAACGUACACCUAAAUUAGACUCCUCUAAUUAUUUAAAGACCAUUUCAAAUAUGAAAACCAUCCGUCAACAUUGAAAAAUAUAUUAUUCCGUAUAUCCCCAUGGCCUUAUCCCAAACCGUCAUCAUAUUAGACCAAAUUCCGGUCUCACCACCGCCGGAAGCAUUCGCCGGAAUCCCCCUUCCCCUAACAUUUUUCGAUGUGGAGUGGCUGCCAAGGCCCCCAAUGAAUAAGCUCAUAUUCUAUCUCCACCCCAUGGGAAGAGUGGACUUUUUGGAUUCCCUAAUUCCCUGUAUGAAAAAUUCCUUAUCCCAAAGCCUGCAACAUUAUAGUCCCCUAGCAGGUAGAUUGGUUGUCUCACCGGACAAGACAAACAUACCCGAAAUUCGUUACACGGAGGGUGACACUAUUCCGUUGGUUAUCGCGGAGUUCAACUCAACGAACCCCAACGAUUUUAACCACUUUGUGUCAAAUGAUGCAAGAAGUUCAAUGAAUUUCAAUCCACUAAUUCCAAGAUUACUCCCGACUUCACGAGCAUCGGAUGGCUCACUCGCAGUCCCAUUAUUGGCGUUACAAAUAACACUAUUUCCCGAUGUUGGGAUAUGCAUAGGUGUGACCAACCACCAUGCAAUGUGUGAUGGGAGUAGCAUCUUCGGUUUCAUGAGAGCUUGGGCUUUCUUCUCUAACCGUCCCAAAGACGACAAAGACGCGCCACCUCAAUUUGUACCAGAUUACGAUAGAACAUCCUUCAAAGAUCAUAAGGAGCUGACAACGAUUUAUUGGGACCGUGUGAAAAACGUCAACUAUGAGGAAACACAUAACGCUCAUCGCCUUCCGCCUAUCAUUGACAAGGUUAGGUCCACUUUUAUCAUGACACAAGACGACAUUCAACAACUUAAGAAUCACGUCCUCGCACGAGGACAUGAUUCGUUGCACGUAUCGACAUUUACGGUGGCGUGCUCAUACACAUGGAGUUGUCUAGCGAGAUCAAGAAGCCAGACAUACAAGGAAGACGAAGAUGGCGGGGACUUAGAAGAAAUGGAGAAUUUUUUGUUCCCCGCUGAAUGUCGGGCACGUUUGGACCCUCCCUUGCCUAAAAACUACUUUGGCAAUUGUAUGGUACCAUGUCUAUAUAGCAUAAGAGAAAAAGACCUUGUAGGAGAUGAAGGGAUGAGAAAGGCAGCUGAGGGGAUAGGAGGGAGCAUUCGCACCGUAUUAUACAAUAAUGAAAAGGAGGGAGUGUUGAAAGGUGCUCGCGACAGGCCUACCGUUAUCUCCAAGUUGAACUUCGGCCGAACCUUGACUGUAGCUGGCUCGCCCAAGUUUGAUUAUUAUGGGCUCGAUUUCGGAUGGGGGAGGGCUAAAAAGUGUGAAUUUCCUUCUAUUGAUUUGAACGGGGCUAUUUCUCUUGGUGCAGCCAAGGACCAUGAAGGUGGAGUAGAAGUGGGCGUGACUUUGACCGUUACACAAAUGGACUACUUUACCAAGAUAUUCUAUGAUGGUUUGAAAAACAAAGGUCGCUUCUAUUAUGAUGGUUCAAAUCAAUAGAAGGAAAUUCACACUUAUUAGCCCUCUCCCAUCCGAAUUUUUUUUUUGCACUACUUUACCAAGAUUUUUUUUCUAUGAUGGUUUGAAAGCUUUGGGCGGCUAGCUAGCUUCUGAUGGAUGACAUCAUUCACCAGACUUUGAUUUCGAUUUCUUCCACUCGGCUUCAUCCUAAAAUUAGGGUUUGUUUUGUACUAAUAAUAAUAUGGAAUAAGUGUGCAUCACGUUGUAGGUAUUAUACAUCUGAACUUAUCACGUGGUGCAUCUAUAUUUAUCUACUAGAAAUAAUGGAUCUUAGGGCAUGUUUGGUAACGGCUGUAGUGACUGAACUGGCUGAAAAAAGUGAAUUCGAUGAACCGAAAGUGUUUGGUUAUAUGUUGGCUGAAAUGGCUGAUCGAAAGUAAAAUUACCAUAAAGGAUAUUAAAUUUUUAUAUAUGCUACUACUUUCCUAAAAUUGUUGUGUCCUUCAAAUU